AUGGGAGUUACUUACGACAAAUCAAUGUGUCGAAGGAAUAAAGGAAUAUAUACUUUCAGAAGCCAAGGGCAAAUCUAUCACACAAUCAAUAAUUUACUACCAUCUGAUGGACGUCCCUCUAAUCUGCAACUAUAUUUUUAUGACACCGAGAAUGAAUUGGAGCACCGACUUAAUGAUUCAAAAUGCAGAUUGGAUCCAUCUGUUACAACUCAACUUAUGAAUAUCCUUCGAAUCAAUCCGUAUUCUAUAUUCUUUCGUUCACUUGGAGAUUUGCCAGAUUUGGAAACACAAAUAAUUCAAGUAAGAGAAGAUGUUGGGCUAGAUCAGCGUGUAUUCAAUGCUCCUACAUCCUCACAAGUUGCAGCAAUUUGGGUGGAAGAUGAUGAAGGGUAUCAACAAGGAGGGCGUGACAUUUUUGUGUAUAAUCAUGAUGGUGGAAAACAUAAAGUUCAGUAUUACUACGGCUAUUACGAUCCAUUACAAUAUCCAAUUUUAUUUCCUCACGGAGAUUGUGGUUGGCAUCAACACAUAAAACGAAUUGGAGGACACACAACCAGAUCCAAUGUUCGUAGCCCAACAAUAGAUCCUCAACAGUCAACCACUACAGAAGAAUUACUUGCCGCUGAAGAACGAGUAUCAAACCGACAAAAAAAGGAAGCAGUAGUUUUGUGUCGCGAAUAUUAUUGCUUCAAGUUACAAAUAAGAGAAGAUGCACGAUCAAUUUUGCUACUCUCAGGACGACUGCUACAACAAUAUGCCGUAAAUAUGUAUGUCAAGAUUGAGACAUCAAGAUUAGACUAUUACAGAAAUGAGCAACAACAUAUUCGGUCUGAGUUGUAUAAAGGUAUAGUUGACACAGUAACGCUUGGAGAAAGAGAUGCUUCUAAUGUUGGCAAAAUGAUAAUAUUGCCCUCUUCUUUUAUUGGAGGUCCACGAGACAUGAGAAAGAGAUACAUGGAAACUAUGACUUUGGUUCAGCGAUAUGGAAAACCGGACAUUUUUUUAACGAUGACUUGCAACCCAAACUGGAAAGAAAUUACCAAUGAACUAAGCCAACAUGAAGAAGCUCAAAAUAGACCCGAUUUAGUUGCUCGAGUAUUCCAUGCCAAACUGGAAGAAUUAAAAGAUAAAUUAUUUAAACGUGAAAUAUUCGGCAAGGUUGCCGCAUACGUCUAUGUUAUUGAGCACCAAAAAAGGGGCCUACCACACGCCCAUUUUUUAAUUAUCCUACAAAGCGAUUGGAGAUUACAUGCACCCGAAUCUUUUGAUGAGAUAGUAUCAGCGGAGAUUCCUGAUAAAAAUACAAACAUGCACUUGCAUAACGCUGUUGUGAAACACAUGAUGCAUGGACCAUGUGGAGAUUUGAAUCGAUCAAAUGUUUGCAUGAAGGGCAAUCCUCCACGUUGCGAAAGAAAUUAUCCAAAAAAUUAUGCACCUUUUACGUCUGUUGGAAAUGAUUGCUUCCCAAUAUAUAGACGCCGAAACAAUGGAACGCACGUGAAGGUGAGAGGCACACACUUAGACAAUCGUUGGGUCGUCCCAUACAACCCGUAUUUGCUUGCAACCUUUGACUGUCACAUUAAUGUUGAAAUUUGCUCUACAAUAAAGGCUGUCAAGUACCUCUACAAGUACAAAUUUCAGAGUUGA